UAGUGCAGCAAUGCAAGGAGUAUCAUCAGGCAUCAGAUACGGUGUCAAAUACCAAGGUCAAUACCCAAAACCCUUGCUUGUGGCAGAAUUUGAGAAAUUGAAGCUUGAUUGGUUCUCCAUACAAAGUCCCAGUUUUCUAUUGCUCUCUCUCUUCACAAGUUUCUUUCAGGGAAUAGGCUCUUCAUAUUCAAAUACACGUCUGAAUUUCAAUCUCCUCUGGUUGUUGAUGGCAGAGGUGGACUUUCUAGGAAGGCUUUCUCAUCCCAACCUUGUUAAGCUAUUAAUUAGGACACUGCUCAGAGGACAAGGACCCACCAGAAAGGCUUUCUCAUCCCAACCAUGUUAA